AAAAAUAAAAAUAUAAAAAUAUAAUAUAAAUAAGUAAUUCAAAUAGUCGAGAUAUUCCUAUAAUUCUCAAUAUGAAUUCAAGAAAUAAAACUAAUAAUUCCGACUCUUUAAAUAAUAGCAAAAAAUCAAAUAUAAAAUCUACUAUAGAUAUAGAUAACACUUUAUCAAAAACUAAUAAAGAAGCUAUAGAAACAAUAUUAUUUUGUGGAAAAACAUUAACAAAAAAAGUUCUUGACGCUUCAGAAAAAUCGAAAAUAUCUGGAAUAGUAUAUCUUAGUAAAAUACCACCAUUUAUGAAACCAGAAACAAUUAGACGUCUUCUUUCACAAUAUGGAGAAAUAGGAAGAAUUUUUUUAGCACCAGAAGAUUAUAAAAGUUAUAUAAAACGAAUUAGAUAUAAAGGAAACAAAAAAAAGAAAUAUACUGAAGGAUGGGUUGAGUUUAAAGAAAAAAAAAAGGCAAAAUUAGCCGCCGAUACAUUGAAUACAACAAUUAUUGGAGGAAAAACAAGUACAUAUUAUCACGAUGAUAUAUGGAAUAUAAAAUAUUUACCCAAAUUCAAAUGGAGCCAUUUACAAGAACAAAUUGCAUCUAAAAGUGCUUCUCAAGCAUCGAAAUUAAGAGCAGAAAUUUCUCGCACAAAACGGGAAAAUCAAAAUUAUAUAAAAAACUAUGAACAUGGUAAAAUGAUUGAAAACAUAAAGAACAAGAAACGAAAAACCAAUGAAGAUAUAUCAUCUAAUUCAGAAAAAAGAACUAAAUACAAAUUUAAACAACGAGAAGCUAUAAUUAAUAACAUAUCCACAGAUAUAAAAAACGAAAUAAACAAAGUAUUAGAUAAGAUUUUCUAAUAAAUAACUAUUAAACAUAAAAUAUUUUACAUUUCUUCAGAAGAAAUAUUCAUUUCCUCAAUUUCAUCAAUCUUGAAUUUAUUAUUUAUUUUAUUUGAAAUAAAUUAAAAUACUUACUAAUUCAUUAACGUCUAUUUCAGGAAAUUCAUCACUACUUUCCGUUUCAUCUUCGAUG